CCUUACAGCCGAAGUGAAAGGUUAGCCCAACUGGUGUCGGGCCGACAGUUUGUGGACAACCAUAUGAAUGCUUACGUCAAUAGUAUUCAGCAUUUAUUUAGCGGCGAAUCGGUUGACGUGUUUAACACUAGACUAGAAGUCAAUGAGUUUAACAGAGAGUGUUAUCAUAGGUUUGUCGACACUUUCAAUGAUCGCUGUAUGAAUAUCGCACAGAACUCGUAUGUGCUUGGUAAACUUUAUAUGUUUAUCAAUGUCUGUGAGAAUAUGGAUUAUAGCAGUGCUAUGGACGCUGUCACCUAUUUGGACAGAUACUGCCAAUAUAACCAGGUUCAUGGAUAUCCCAUUGAGAUUAAUUAAUUAAACCAAUUAUAACAGAC